AUCGCAAUUCAUCUACACUAUUGAAUCUGAUAUUGAAACUGAGGCCCGCCACACACACCCUCACCAAUCAAACAUAGAUGCCGCCAAAAGUUGCUUUGAUCACUGGUGGAGGUACGCCCAGUUACUCCAAUCCCGGACACAUCCAGACUUUGUCCAUGAGCUGACACAGCCUGGAAACUCCAGCCAGCGGAAUGGGCCUGGCAGUUGCCACAGCCCUAUCAGCACUACCCAGCUGGGAAAUCCACAUCCUAGACAUCAACUCAGAUCGCGGGUCGCAGGCAGCCUCGACCCUCGCCCGCACAAGCUUCCACUACGCCGACGUAACAAAAUACAACACGCUCUCAGAAGCAUUCCAAAACGCCUUCAGCAGACCCAAAAGACUCGACUUCGUCUUCGCCAACGCCGGCAUGAUCGAGCGUUUCAACUUCUACGACCCCUGCCCCGGCCAGAUCACCGACAGCAAAUCCAUCACGCCACCACCAGAGCCAGAUCUGCUGUCGAUCGAUGCCGAUUUGAAGGGCGUGAUCCUGACGACCUACCUAGCGCAGCACUACUUCCGUGCAUCGCCCGAUCAGGGCAGAGGCGCGAGCAUUGUUUUGACCGCGAGCUGCGGCGGGCUGUAUCCGUCGUAUUAUUCUCCGCUGUAUUCUUCUGCGAAGUUUGGAGUCGUCGGGUUCAUGCGCUCCAUCGCCCAACACUUCAAAGCGCGCGGCGUCCGCGCCAACGCCAUCUGCCCCGGAAUCGUGCGUACGAACCUCGUCGAUACGAAAGGCUGGAGCGCGUUCCCGCAACACCGAUUCACGGAAAUGGACUCUGUGGUCCGAGUCGUGCUCCGGCUCGCGGGCGUGAGCGAAGACCAAGGCACAGGCCAAGGCAAUGGAGAAGGAGAUGGAGACUCGGGCUUGACAGAUGCAAAGGGAACCCACCUGCCCACGGAAAGGCUGUUCGGUCUGGCGGUGGAGAUUUCGGAUAGCGGAGUGUACUUUCGUGAGCAGCAUCCAUUUUGCGACGAGGGGAUGCGCGAGGUUAUGGAGGCGACGGUUUUGGAGAAUCAGGUGGGGGCUAUUUUGGAUAAGUAGAGGGGAUAAUAUUUCAAGGAAUAGAUUGUUAAUCAUUUUUUUAAUGGCUCAGUAUAGGGUAUGAGGGAGAUAUACAUGCAGGUGGACAAGUACAUCGAAUGCGUAAAAGGACAGGGAUCUUUCCGCUAUCACAUUCUUCAGGCCAUUUGCUGCAGAGCUUGAGAAGAUUCUCCUUGCAG